UAUUCAAAGGAUCUUCUUGGAAUUUAUGGUCACGUUUGGUCUUCAUAUUUGGCUCUUCGCAUCGAAGAUUUCUGCCAUCAUAGAGUUUAUGCAAUGGAUCAAUCAAUGAGAGAUUUUCCUCGAUUCAGCAGAAGUUCUUCCAUCAAUAGUGAUGUGUUUGAACCCACUUCAAGCAAUAGUGCUAUGCAGCGGGCAAGUUUGGUAGGAUGGUUAAAUAGUAUUCUUCCUGAUCUUAGAUUGCCACUGAACGCUUCAGAUGAAGAAUUUCAGUCAGUAUUAGCAGAUGGAUUCGUCUUGUGCCGAAUACUUAACAAACUAAGACCUGGUUCUGUGGCUGAGGUAGCUAGACUUAUUCCAUUGUGUUAGCUGUUUUUGAAGCAGAGAUGACCGGUAUUUGAUAUAGUUCCUUUAUUACUUUUUAGUCUGGUGAUUCCAGUCAUAACACACAAUCAGGCUCAUACAA